AUGUAUUCCAUCCAAAGUUCUUGGACUAUCUCUCUCAGAUUUCAGAUGAAUGGGGCUGCAUUAGUUGCUAUCAUUGCCACAAUUGGCAAUCUUUUACAGGGUUGGGAUAAUGCUACAAUUGCAGGAGCUGUAGUUUACAUAAAGAAGGAGCUAACUCUGGGAAGUACCAUAGAAGGUCUUGUUGUUGCCAUGUCACUAAUCGGGGCGACCCUUAUCACAACUUGCUCCGGACCCAAAAUAAGGGGAUUGUUAAAUACGCUCCCUCAGUUCACGGGAUCGGGUGGAAUGUUCUUGGCAUAUUGUAUGGUGUUUGGGUUGUCUUUAAUGGCUUCAACAAGCUGGCGAUUAAUGUUGGGAAAAAUGGGGGAGGCCAAAAAGGUCUUGCAAAGAUUACGUGGCCGGGAAGAUGUUUCAGGCGAAAUGGCGUUGCUGGUGGAAGGUUUAGCGGUUGGAGGUGACACAUCAAUAGAAGAAUACAUGAUUGGUCUGGACAAUGAAGAUAUCCAAGAUCAAGAUCCAAUGGCUCAUAAGGAUUCAAUCAAGUUAUAUGGGUCCCAAGCGGGUCUCUCGUGGAUAGCAAAACCGGUCACCGGUCAGAGCACACUCGGUCUGGUUUCUCGGGCAGGAAGUAUGGUGAACUCGAGUAUUCCAUUAAUGGAUCCUCUUGUCACCCUCUUUGGUAGUGUUCAUGAAAAGCAACCCGAAUCAGGAAGUAUGAGAAGCAUGCUGUUUCCAAAUUUUGGUAGCAUGAUCAGCACCACCGCAGGGCCUCAGGUGAAAGACACUGAUCGGUGGGAUGAAGAGUUUUCACAGAACGAAGGUGAAGGGUACCAAACGGACGGUGGAGAUGACUCCGAUGACAAUCUUCAUAGCCCGUUGAUUUCCCGGCAAACAACCAGCAUGGUGGGUCCACAUGGCGGUAGUAACACCGGAGAGACAACUUCCGGCAUGGGGAUUGGCGGUGGGUGGCAGUUGGCGUGGAAGUGGUCGGAAAGAGAAGGUGAAGAUGGAACAAAAGAAGGUGGGUUUAAGAGAAUAUAUUUGCAUGAAGAAGCGGCGGCUCGUGGUGGGUCCCGCCGUGGGUCGCUUGUUUCGCUUCCCGGAAGCGGCGGCAAUGUUGCGGUUGAAGGAGAGUAUGUGCAAGCUUCGGCUCUAGUCAGCCAGCCUGCUCUUUAUUCAAAGGAGCUCAUGACUCAACCCCCUGUGGGACCCGCAAUGAUUCACCCUUCAGAAAGUGCUUCAAAAACGCCAUUGUGGUCUGCGCUUGUUGACCCGGGGGUUUCACGGGCUUUAUUUGUCGGGGUUGCGAUCCAAAUGCUUCAACAGUUUUCGGGAAUAAAUGGGGUUAUGUACUACACGCCUCAAAUCCUCGAGCAAGCGGGUGUCAGUGUUCUCUUAUCAAGCCUUGGGCUCGGUUCCGAUUCUGCUUCUUUUCUUAUUAGCGCCUUCACAACUCUUCUAAUGCUUCCAUGUAUUGCAAUAGCCAUGAGGUUCAUGGAUAUUGCGGGGAGAAGGACUCUCUUGUUGACCACCAUUCCCGUACUGAUAGCAUCUCUCAUUAUCCUUGUCCUCGGGAACACCAUCAAGAUGGGAUCGGUAAUCCAUGCGGUUAUUUCAACCGUAUGUGUUGUUGUCUACUUUUGCUGCUUUGUGAUGGCAUAUGGGCCAGUCCCUAACAUUUUGUGCUCGGAGAUUUUCCCGACACGAGUUCGUGGAAUCUGCAUUGCUAUAUGUGCGCUAGUCUUCUGGAUAUGUGAUAUUAUUGUGACAUAUUCAUUGCCAGUGAUGCUCUCUUCAAUCGGGUUGGCGGGCAUUUUUGGAAUUUACGCCAUCGUGUGUGUCAUUUCAUGGGUGUUUGUGUUUUUAAAGGUGCCGGAAACAAAAGGGAUGCCAUUAGAAGUGAUCACCGAGUUUUUUGCUGUUGGAGCAAGACAGGCUGCUGCAGCCAAGAGUGAGUGAAAAAAGAAAUGCAAUAUUUGUGUUGAUUAGAGUUUUUGGUUGCACUAUUUCUUGAAUGUAGGGCAUGUAUAUUGUAUUCGAGUUCAAUCGAGCUCGAGGCUCAAUUCAUUAGAAAAUAUGUAGAUUCAGCUUGGUUUGGCUAGGCUCAACUUGUAGCUUGCUAACCCUGAAAAGAUUGGGAUCAGGAUCGACUUGCAUAAUGAUCAAGCCUGAGCUCAUGAGCUCAUGUAGAUUCAAUUGCUAUUGACUUGUCGAUUGGCUCGGUUUGUAUGGGAUGCUAAGUUUUAUGAACUAAAUAAUUAUGAAUAAUGUUAUAUUUAAGGAAUAUGUUCUAUCUAGAUAAAGAAC